AACUGUCGAUCCCCUGGUGAUAUAAAUCACGGCUUUAAAAUCGGUAAUAACUACAAGCACGGAAAGACAGUUCGAUACUCUUGUGACGCUGGGUUCACACUUGAAGGCGAGGCUGAAGUGACUUGUGAAGAGGGAACAUGGAAUACUGAUACCCCCAAGUGCAAAGGUACAUUUUUAAGCGUGCAUGAAUUUGUAUUUAGACAUAUAUAGCUUGUAGCCUGGGACUAGGAUCCACAUUGGGAAAAAAAAGGAAAAAAAAAUGGGCGUGGGGGAAAAAAAAAUUGGCGAGCGAGGCGAUCCGUAAGGUAGUCUGGGGAGGGAAAAGGUUGGCGGAGCCUGGAGAGAUGCCUUUGAUGCCUCCGAUCCGCCCUCCAGCAAUUAACUUGUCAUUGAAAUGUCAACACUUCAGCAUGUCAGCUUAUUAUGUCGCUUUUGUAAAAAAAUAUUUGAAUUAGAGAUGAGGCCGUAAGAGUGCAAGAAAAGAGAUCUACUUCACUUCAAUCGCCAACUCGAGUACCAUCAGCUCCGGCAAAGAGAAAUAAAGACGGUUCUGAGGAAAAUGCACCGCGUUCGGCCGGUGAAGUACAGCCGAAUAGAUUCUCAAGGAGAUCCCUCAGAGUUCGCAUCAUAACGCUCGUUUACUUAGCUUCUUAUGAUGUACCAAAUGAAACAUUGCUCUUAGUAGAGUUCUUUUUUUUCCGCGGAGAUAACAUGUGUAAGUUUAUCACCUUAUGCGACAUGGACCUGAGUUUUUGGAAAGUCUUGGUAGUGACCUAUCCAGGAAAUCUGAGGGUUUUGUUUAGGCAUUUAACUUGAAGAUCGAGGUUAUAACAGUUUUAAAAGAGGUACAAAGAAAACUAUCAGAUAAAGGAACAAAUAAUAGAAUGGAUAGUUUGGAGACUCAGGUUUUAAUUCAAGAAAAUGGCUUUAGGCUGAAAAAUUUGCAGGGACUUUUAAGAAACGUGCGACACAUCCUAUCAUAAAUGCGGAAGGUACGUGCGACCACGCUAUCUUAUCUGUUUGCAGUCUUCUUGUUUUCCAAAAUAAAAAGUUGUAUUGAUUUUGGAGCUUAAUGUUGUUGUUGUUUUUUGCAACUUUUAAUUUUAGGUAACAAAUUUUUGUAAUGGCUGCAAAAUAACUAAGCCCUCAAAUUUUAACUGUCAAAUGAAGAAUUAACUCGAGUGCAUCUACUCGAUUUGUAGUCAAAGUUUUACCUAGUAUCCUGUGAUCUUCGUUUCCCAUACGUGUUUAAUUGUAAAGGACAAAGAUAAAAAAUUUAGAUCCCUUGGAAUUGUUAUAGCUGUUGAGUGUGGUGAUCCUGGCAAACCCACCAAUGGAGAUCAGAUUGUCAAGAAAGGCUACGUCUAUGGCGGAUCAGUCAAGUUUGUUUGUGACAAGAAUUACACUCUAGUUGGGGCUGAUACUAUAUAUUGUCAAGCUAAUAGGAGUUGGAGUUCCUCUCGUCCACGCUGCGUAGGUAAGUGCCAUUUAUUAUAUACGUACUGA